AUGUGUCUGCAGGGAAUCGAAGAGGUUGUCUUAGAAUCAAAGCGACAAAGCGUUCUUGUUCGUCUUGAAGAGCUUCCUCAGUAUUUACGUGUCUCUUCUGGAGAAGCCACACGUUUGUUUGUUGAUUUUGGGCUGAAACUUGGUGGAGCAGAUCUUAUGUCAAUCCCUGGCCUCUACAGAUUUGUCCAGGAAUUGCUCACUCUAGCCUUCCUAGGUGGGAGCAAUGUGGAAAGCCUUGCAAAAGCUGCUAAGCUCUCUCAUCCUCACGGAUACGACGAAAUCAAUCUCAACUGUGGAUGCCUUAGUCCUAAGGUAACAUUUAUUGAGGCUCUGGAUCAGCUUAUGCCUGGAUUUGAUCCUAAGAUCAGUAAGCUGGCUCAAAGGAUCACUCCAGCAAAAGAUGGAAGACCAGUUAUGAUUGAGCUUAUUGAUGCCAAAACCAAGGAACCCAAAGAUACUUUGGAGGUGGACGCUGCUCUUAUUGCUAUAGGAAGAGCUCCAUUUACCAAUGGUCUUGGCCUGGAAAAUAUCAAUGUAGCGACGCAAAGAGGUUUUAUACCAGUUGAUGAGCGGAUGCGUGUAAUCGAUGGGAAUGGAAAGCUGGUUCCACAGUUGUACUGCAUAGGCGAUGCCAACGGUAAAAUGAUGCUCGCACGAAAGCCCUUUCCUGAAGGCGUGCUCCUAAAGCAAUGGCGUUGGAUGCUCCCUCAAUCCUACCAAUGCAAACGUGUACAUAUACAAAGUGAUAUUUAA